CAAAGAGGAAUUACCAUAAAAAAUCACGAACUUCAAGCGGCUAAAAGAGUCAGGCCAACUAACCUAUCGGCCAAGAGUCCUUCGGCGAUACUUCCGGUGCUGAUCCUCCGACGGAGAUUCCAAGGUUCUCUCUCUCUCUUUCUCUCUCUCUCUGCGGAACCUCCAAAGUCCUCUUUUGAGUUCCCAUGGAUGGUUUUCAAUGAAAUUAUCGAUUGUCGAUCUUCCCGACGGCCUCAGUCUCAGCCUCCAAGAUACCCGUCGCCUCUUCCUUCUGCAGAACCCUUCUAUCUGAGUUGAAUCCAUUCAUAGCACGACAUGUUGGCACAAGUUCACAGCAUGAGCAUCCAGAGUCAAGCUGCAUCUCUCUCUUUGAGUUUAGACCCUCAACUUUGUAUAGACUGGAAGCUGACCUCCUCUUGGCUUGAAUCUUUUCCCACAAAGAGAAGAAAGCCCGCCGUCUGUUUCUCUCUUGAUAGAGCUCUCCAGCCUAAGCCGACGCCCAGAAGGAUUCAGGAAACUUUUGAUGUAGAAACGAGCUCAAGGGAAAGCAGUAUUAAAGAGUCGAGUUUGAGUGUUUGUGAUAAGAUUGAUAGGCUUGUUUCAUUGGGCAGAUAUAGCGAAGCGUUGGAAUGGUUUGAGAUCCUUGAGAUUGGUAGCGAAGUUGUGCAGGGAAGUACAUAUGAGUCACUUGUUAAUGCUUGUCUGGAGUUGAAGUCCAUUAGAGCAGUGAAAAGAAUUCAGCAACACAUGGUGAAAAAUGGGUUUCAGCCAGAUCGGUACUUGGUGAAUCGGGUGCUUCUUGUAUACGUCAGGUCCGCGGCCAUGGCCGGGGCUCGCCAGUUGUUCGAACAAAUGCCGAAUAAGGAUUUGAUAUCGUUCAACAUGAUGAUUACGGGAUUCGUUGAUUCGGGUGAAUACGAGGAGGCUUUAAUUUUGUUCUUACAGUUGUGGGAGGAGGUCUCGGAUGCAAGUCCACGGACAUUUGCAUCUGUUCUUCGCGCUUGUGCAGGGUUGGCAAAUAUUUCUAUUGGCAAACAGUUCCAUUGCUGCUUGCUGAAGAUGAAAAUGAAUAGAGACAUUUUCAUAGACUGUGCACUGAUUGACAUGUAUGGUAAAUGUGGAAGUAUUAAGGACGCGCAGCUGGUGUUUGAUGAAAUGCCUAAGAAGACUGUGGUGGGAUGGAACUCUAUUAUAGCUGCUUAUGCACUUCAUGGGUACAGUGAGAAAGCGAUGGAUUUGUAUUAUGAGAUGCAACAUCUGGGUGUGAAAAUGGAUCACUUUACAUACUCCAUGGUCGUUAGACUUUGCGUUCGAUUGGCUUCUCAUGAACAUGCCAAGCAAGCUCAUGCUGGUCUUAUUCGAAACGGGUAUGGGUUAGAUAUCGUUGCGAACACUGCACUUGUAGAUUUCUACAGCAAGUGGGGAAGGCUUGAGGAUGCGAGACAUGUUUUCGACAAUAUGGUAUCAAAAAGUAUAAUCUCGUGGAAUGCCUUGAUCGCUGGAUAUGGUAACCAUGGGCGCGGAGGUGAAGCAGUUGAGUUGUUUGAGCUGAUGCUUAGCAAUGGAAUGCGGCCUAACCAUGUAACUUUUCUUGCUGUGCUAUCUGCCUGCAGCUACUCUGGUUUAUGGGAACAGGGUUGGCACUAUUUUGAGUCAAUGACUCGAGAUUUUAAGCUUAAACCGAGAGCCAUGCAUUAUGCGUGCAUGAUUGAGCUGUUAGGUCGGGAAGGCCAUCUGGACGAGGCAUUUGCUUUGAUAAGAGAUGCACCUUUUAAACCGACCAAGAAUAUGUGGGCGGCGUUGCUGACAGCUUGCAGGAUGCACAAGAAUUUGGAGUUGGGCAAGUUUGCAGCAGAGAAGCUUUUCGGGAUGGAGCCUAAUAAACUCAAUAAUUACGCGCUGCUUCUUAACAUUUACAGUUCAACUGGCAAGGUUGAGGAUGCCGCAAUGGUUAGGGAGGCCUUGAGAAGAAGGGGUUUAAGAUUGCUUCCUGCGUGCAGUUGGAUCGAGAUAAACAAAAGAUCUCAUGGUUUUGUUUUUGGGGACAAGUCUCAUCCCCAAAGUGAAGAGAUAUAUCAAAAGUUGGAAGACGUAACAAAUGAAAUAAGAACAAUGGGAUAUGCUUCUAAUAAUGAGUCUCUUCUUCCUGAUGUACAAGAGCAGGAGGAACAUCCUGUUUCUUUCCACAGCGAAAAAUUAGCUGUUUCUUUUGGGUUGAUAAGUACUCCAGAUUCCACUCCGCUGAAUGUGGUACAGAGCCAUCGCAUCUGUAGGGACUGCCACGAUGCCUUAAAGUUGAUAGCUGCAGCCACUGGACGUGAAAUUGUUGUGAGAGAUGCUAGCCGAUUUCACCAUUUCAAACAUGGUAAUUGUUCUUGUGCGAAUUACUGGUGAUGCUGAUGCACUUGGAGUAGUUUAUUAGGAAGAAACAACCAAAAUGAGUUGUGUAUGAAAGAUGUCGUUGGGACAUGAAGCAUGGUCGCCGUUGAGAUAUUCAAAAGGAAAGAGGUGAUUAAGGGGUCACGUAUUGCCCAUUUAUAUACAUGGUAUGGAAAAAAUCAAAACGACUAGUAUGUAAGGUUUGAUUGGGACAUGAAAUGGACAUGACCCACUCGAAAUGCAAGGAGCUGAUUAGAGGCUUUCGAGUUGCACAUUUUAUACGUGGACGACAGGCGGAAUAUCAUUCAAUUUGAUAAGUUCAGUAGCAUCAAGUUUGAAGAGGCAGUAGGACUACUUUUUACAGGAUCUGAAUUUUCGGGUGGUUCCAGCCGGCGAACGUAUCCGCAAUCCCACCAGUUCUGGCAUCGCCAAUCCUUACCACACUUCUCUUUGCUUUUCCACUGACCACUAAUUUCCACGAUCCUCCCUGCUACAGUUAUC